UCUGGUAGGCCGGAUGCUGCAGCGGGACCCGAAGGGCCGUGCGUCUCUGGAGGAGAUAGAGAGCCAUGCCUGGCUGCAGGGGGUGGACCCGUCCCCAGCCACCAAGUUCAACACCCCCCUGGUGUCUCAUAAGAGCCUGUCUGAGGACGAGCACAACGGGAUCAUACAGCGCAUGGUGCUGGGGGACAUCGCAGACCGAGAGCCCAUAGUAGAAGCCCUGGAGACCAACAAGUACAACCACAUCACUGCCACCUACUUCCUGCUGGCUGAGAGGAUCCUGAAGAAACAGGAGAAGGAGGUCCAGACACGCUCCUCCAGCCCCAGCAACAUCAAGGCCCAGUUCAGGCAGUCCUGGCCGACGAAGAUUGACAUGCAUCAGGACAUCGAGGACAGUCUGGCAGCCUCCUCCAUGUGCCACGCUGGUGGUCCCAGUCCCCCCGCCCGCAGCGCUGAGAGCCUUCUCAACGGACACCGCACCAAAGGCCUGCUGGAGCUCCGCAGGGACGAGAGCAACGCAGGGGCCUCCGGUGCCCCUGCCCCCGUUUCUGGACCCCUAGAGCUGGGGCCACGGCCCCUACACCCCACCUCCUCAGCCAAGCAGCGCAGCUGCCUGUUCAGGGUGGAGGAGGAUGAGGAGGAAGAGGACCCGUCCCCUCUGUCCACCCAAGUGAUCCUGCGUCGCAAGGCUCCAUCUAUCACCAACCGGCUGACCUCCAGGAAGAGCGCCCCAGUCCUCAACCAGAUCUUUGAGGAGGAGGGUGAGUCAGACGACGACUUCGACAUGGAUGAGGGCCUGCCACCCAAACUCAGCCGGCUAAAGAUGAACAUCGCUGCUGCAGCGGCCGGGUCGCCGGGCACCACUCAGAAACGCUAUCACCGCCGCAAGAGCCAAGGCCGCGGCUCGUCCUGCUCCAGCUCAGAGACCAGCGACGACGACUCCGAGAGCCACCGCCGGCGUCUGGACAAAGACACAGGCUUCACCUAUAGCUGGAACCGCAGGGACAGCAGUGAGGGCCCGCCUGGAAACUCAGGGGGAAAUGGUGGAGGGAGCAGUGGAGGGCAGAGUAAACCCCCCGGGGAGGGGGGCAGUCCUCCUGGAGGGGGAGGUGGGGGGAGUAGUGACAAUGGAGGGAGUGGUGGUAGUGGGGGGGGAGGUGGUAAGGGACAGGGUUCCCCCUCAAGUUGUUCUAACGGCAGCAGUAACCACUCGUCUUCAGGCUCAGGGUCCACGCGGAGACACUGUGCCUCCCGCAGCCCCGGGGCAGCAGAGCUGGUGGAGAGCCUGAAGCUCCUGAGCCUGUGUCUCAGCUCCCAGUUACAACACAGGGGGAGAAGUGGAGGCCCCGGCCUGGCAGGGGGGAUGGGCCAGUUCAUCAUAGACCCUCAGAACCUGUCCAAUAGUCUGUCCAGCAGCCUGUCAGCUGGCAGCGUCAAGACACAGGAGAGGUCCUCUUGGAAGAUGUGCAUCGGCUCCAACGGCAGCUUGGACCUGGAGUUAGACACCAUCGCUCUGCCCACCACCGCUGUCAACACUCCAAGGUCAUACACAGACCAAACAGCAGCAGCACUUAGUGAACUGGCCCUGGCCACCAAGGAGAAUAACAAGCUGAACAAGCUGAAAAAUAAUGUUCUCCAGCUACCUCUGUGUGAAAAGAGCAUCUCUGUGAACAUCCAGCGCAGCCCUACAGAAGGGCUCCUGUGCACCUCUCAGGCCAGCUGCUGCCAGGUCAUAUGACACAUACUCCCUGGCGACCCUCUGACACCACUCUGCCAGUCCAAUCUGUCCAACCACAGUCACUGCUGUAGCAUACGUCUGACCUCAGAACACCUCCCCAUCACAACCUGCCUUCUUGCUGUUGUCUUAAAAGAUGACACUUGUUAUUGUUUUUGUUUGUUCACUAGGUCUAUGAGCUGCAUGCUGCAGGGGUUCUUUUGUUUUGUUUCUGCUACAUCACUAGCUCCCCCUGGAAUGAGCCGAGGUAACAGAACUUAACUCAAUUCUAAGGUGAGUUGGGGUGUUGAUAUAAACAUAAAUAUGGAUGUUGGUUUGAUUUUAGAUUAACUAUAUUUUGGGGUACAAAAUACCAAACUUUUAACAGUGGGUAAGUAGUAGCAUGUGAUAGUUAAAGGGUCAGCACUUAAAUUAGAUGCUAGGAGAGAUAGAGGAGGACAGGACAGAGAUACCAUACAGCUGGGAGAGGUAGAGGAGGACAGGACAGAGAUACCAUACAGCUGGGAGAGGUAGAGGAGGACAGGACAGAUACCAGUCACCAUACAGCUGGGAGAGGUAGAGGAGGACAGGACAGAGAUACCAUACAGCUGGGAGAGGUAGAGGAGGACAGGACAGAGAUACCAGUCACCAUACAGCUGGGAGAGGUAGAGGAGGACGGACAGGACAGAGAUACCAGUCACCAUACAGCUGAGAGGGUAGAGGAGGACAGGACAGGACAGAGAUACCAGUCACCAUACAGCUGGGAGAGGUAGAGGAGGACAGGACAGAGAUACCAGUCACCAUACAGCUGGGAGAGGUAGAGGAGGACAGGACAGGACAGAGAUACCAGUCACCAUACAGCUGGGAGAGGUAGAGGAGGACAGGACAGAGAUACCAGUCACCAGACAGCUGAGAGAGGUAGAGGAGGACAGUACAGGACAGAGAUACCAGUCACCAUACAGCUGGGAGAGGUAGAGGAGGACAGGACAGAGAUACCAGUCACCAUACAGCUGGGAGAGGUAGAGGAGGACAGGACAGAGAUACCAGUCACCAUACAGCUGGGGGAGGUAGAGGAGGACAGGACAGAGAUACCAGUCACCAUACAGCUGGGGGAGGUAGAGGAGGACAGGACAGAGAUACCAGUCACCAUACAGCUGGGAGAGGUAGAGGAGGACAGGACAGAGAUACCAGUCACCAUACAGCUGGGAGAGGUAGAGGAGGACAGGACAGAGAUACCAGUCACCAUACAGCUGGGAGAGGUA